UAAUCCAAAACGACUUCUAUUGUGAUGAUUUACUUACCGGAGCUGAUGAAGAGUCUGACUUACUUAAUAUUAAACAAGCCGUAUCUAAUUCGCUGUCUCGGGGUUGCUUUAACUUGCGAAAAUAUAGGUCAAACUCUCAACUUCUGAUUAAUUCUGAAUUAGAAAAUAUACAAAAUGACAGUCUUGUAUUGAGUCAAUCACUUCAUACGCUAGGAUUAUUAUGGAAUCCUACGCAAGACACACUUCAUUUUAAUAUUGACGAUAGUAGUGCUUCACCUGAUAAAGUAACUAAACGGUCUAUUUUGUCCACGACAUUUAAGAUAUUCGACCCUUUGGGCCUUUUGACCUUGUGUACUGUCAAACCCAAAAUUCUCUUACAGAAACUUUGGUCUCUUAAAUUGGAUUGGGAUACUCAAGUGCCCCCUGAAAUUCAGCGAGCCUGGGCACACUUCAUAGAUAACAUAAAAUACCUGAAGCUUCUUACUGUGCCCAGGAACAUAUUUGAUAACAGUGACUCACCUUCAUUUAUUGAACUUCAUUCCUUCUCUGACGCCUCGCAAGCUGCGUAUGGCGCUUGUAUGUACAUCAAAGCCACCUUUCCCUCGGGCAAACAAACUGUAAAUUUGCUUUGCUCUAAAUCACGCGUGACUUCGACGCGUUCUGCGACUACACCGAGAUUGGAACUUGCUGCGGCGCUUCUUGCCAGUCGCCUUGCUUCGACGGUAAGCAAAGCGUCUCGCAAGCCUAUAGCACGCUGUACUUACUGGUCCGAUUCCAGUGUAGUAUUAGCAUGGAUUAAUACAUGUCCCUCAAAAUUAAAAACGUAUGUCGCGAACCGUGUCGCAGCUAUUCAAGAGCUCACCGGGAGCUCGGCGUGGCGCCAUGUCCCCACAGCUCUGAAUCCUGCCGAUCUUGCAUCUCGCGGGAUCGACCCUCAGCAUGUACAGUCUCAACAGUUGUGGUGGCAUGGCCCAUCCUUUCUUCUAGAACCCGAGGAAAAUUGGCCAGUUCUUAAUACUAACUAUGUGACCCAUGAUUUACCUGAAUUUAAAACAGCGAACCCUUCAUUUUUGACUAAUGUGGAACACAAAGGGGACGUUCUCAUAGAUUUCCAUAAGUACUCGCAAUUAAGUAAAUUUAAAAGGAUUAUUGCCUAUGUAUUACGCUUCAUCAAUAUCAAAUGCAAAAAGCAAUGUUUGAAGGGCCCGCUAAGUGCAAUAGAACUUGAAAAUGCCUUAACUGUUUUGGUGAAGCUGUCACAACAACAAUCAUUCCCUGUAGAUUUACCUACACUUGUAAAUAACAAAAAACUAAGCCCUAAAUCACGUCUCAUUUCAUUAGCUCCAUUUGUUGACUCUCAGGGGAUCCUGAGAGUAGGGGGCAGACUAGGUAAAUCCAGAUAUGACUUUUCUGUAAAACAUCCCAUACUUCUUUGUUCCAAACACACACUCACAAAACUAAUUUUCACUUACGAACACAAACGCCUCUUACAUGCGGGACCUCAACUCAUGUUGGCAUCCGUGCGUGAGCAGUUCUGGCCCAUUGGGGGUAGGGACUUAGCACGACGCACGGCUCGCAAAUGUGUCAUUUGUAUUCGGCAAUAUGGCCGAACAAUGUCCAAUAUAAUGGGCAAUUUGCCAUCACAACGUGUCACGCCCGGCUUCCCAUUUUCUACUAUAGCUGUCGAUUUUGCAGGUCCAUUUAUGAUCACUGAUCGGCGAGGCCGUGGCUGUAAGAUAACAAAAUGUUAUUUAUGUCUUUUCAUAUGUCUUAGAUUUAAAUGUGUACAUUUGGAGGCAGUGAGUGAACUUUCUAAGGACGCCUUCAUAUUGUCCCUGCGCCGCUUCAUUUCACGUAGGGGUAAGCCAAAAGAAAUCUACUGUGACAACGGCAAAAACUUUGUUGCCGCUGCCAAGGAGAUUAAUACCUUUUUCAAACAAAAUUCUGGCCCUAUAUUAGAGUUUGCAGGUGAUCAUAACAUUGAAUUUAAAUUCUCCCCGGCUUACGCUCCUAAUUUUAACGGUUAUGUAGAGGCUGGCAUUAAAUCAGCAAAAUUUCAUAUUAAGCGCAUUUUAGGGAACACGCACCUCACAUUUGAGGAGCUUUCGACUUUAUUUGCUCAAAUUGAGGCUGUCCUUAACAGUCGUCCUCUCUGCCCCCUUUCCUCCUCUCCCAAAGACUACGCAGCGCUCACACCCGGGCACUUUCUCCUUGGCAGGCCACUGACGUCGCUUCCGGCCCCGGACCUGACGGAAGCCAACAUUCGCAACUUGGACCGCUUCAAUCGGCUGGAGCAGAUAAGGCAGCACUUCUGGCAGCGCUGGCAGUCCGAGUACGUCAUGGAGCUGCAGCAACGUUCCAAAUGGAGAACGCGCGCCAGGGAUCUGCAGCAGGGAGACCUAGUCCUUAUUAAAGAGGAAAAUCAACCCCCAAUGUUAUGGCGUCUGGGCAGAGUGCUGAAGCUUCAUACUGGCUCAGACGGAGUACCACGAGUCGCAGAUAUUGAUACCGUGCGAGGAGUUGUCAGACGGGCUCUGAACCGUAUAUGCCUUCUUCAUGAUUCUUGAAAGCAGGGCUUUCAAGGGCCCCCAGCAUGUCCGCGCCGCUGCGCACAACGUCAUCAGACGAGCGUGAGGGUGAGGAACCCCGCCAAGCCGCCACCAGCUACCGGCGCAGCCGACGCUCUUUCUAUUUCGCCACAGGUCGCCGGACCGAACACACGCGGCCGCGAUCCAUUUUCUAUACAAUUUUUAUACUAUGUAAUACAUAGUUAUUAAAGGCUAAGUCCUAAACUAAA